AUGACCAGGCGUCAUCUCGUCAUCCUCGCGCGCGCCCCGCAAGCCGGUCGCGUGAAGCGCCGCCUCGGCGCGGAGAUCGGCAUGAUGGAAGCGGCCCGCUUCUAUCGCAGCAUCCUCACGGCGCAGAUCGAGCGCAUGACCCGCGACCCGCGCUGGAUGGUCUGGCUGUUCGUGACGCCCGACACCGAACGCACUCACCCGGCCUGGCGUCUCGUGCCGAUGUCGCGGCGACGGCCGCAGCAUCCGGGCGAUCUCGGCCGCCGCAUGAAGCGGCCUUUCGAGACCUUGCCGCCCGGCCCCGUCGUCCUGGUCGGCAGCGACAUUCCCGCGAUGGGCACCCAUCACAUCGCUCGUGCCUUCGAUCUGCUGGGCCGGCACGAUCUCGUCUUCGGGCCGGCGCGCGAUGGCGGCUUCUGGCUGAUCGGCGCUAAACGCUUGCGGCCGUUGCCUCAUACGCUGUUCGAAAAGGUGCUUUGGUCGACGCCAACGGUGCUGGCCGACACGCUGGCCAGCAUCCCUUCGCACUUCACGACCGCGCUGGCCGACACGCUCGACGAUGUCGACGAUGCCGAAGCGCUGCGACGGCUAACGCUCUAA